CUUUACUUAAAUUCAUCUCAUUGAUAUACUUCUUAUCAUUGUUGUGUUUCCUCUACUCAAAACCCAAGUCUUUAUUUUUCUUCAUUCACUCUUUCUCUCACACUAAAAAAAUGGAGGGUAUGAAGAGUAGCAGAGUAGACGGAGGAAAAAGAAGUUUGAAGGAGAAAUCAAAGAAAGAUGAUGAUGUAGUAGAUGAAGAAGGAUUUGGGUCUUGUGACGAUGAUAAACGGAAAAAGGCUUCUUCUUAUUUUACUUCUUCAAAGAAGGGAUCAAGUAGUCUUGGUGGUGGUGGUGGUGGUGGUGGUGGUGGUGGAAUUGCUUUGCCUUGCCAAGCUGAGAACUGUAAUGUUGAUCUAAGUGAAGCUAAAAGGUAUCAUAGACGUCACAAGGUUUGCGAACAUCACUCUAAGGCUCCAGUUGUUAUUGUUGCCGGUCUUCGACAAAGAUUCUGUCAGCAAUGUAGCAGGUUCCAUGAAUUAUCUGAGUUUGACGAAACUAAGAGGAGUUGUCGUAGACGUUUGGCUGGGCAUAAUGAACGGCGAAGGAAAUCCUCUUCGGAGUCCCAUGGGGAAGGAUCGAGCCGUAAAGGAGCAACAGGAACUCAGUUGAAGGAAAACCAUUGUAGGCAAGCUGAUCAAAACGGGAGGUUGCCAGCAAGCCUUCCUGAAAACUCCACUUACAAACAUUUUCAGAUCCGGUAAGGUAGUAAAAGGUCAGCUGUGCGCUGCUCUCUCUCUUCUGUCAUCCUCUUGUGGCUUCAUAAUAGGUACUAGCAUUCCAUAUAUGCCUACUUAUAUAUUAAGUAUUUAAUAACAUGUAUCUAAAUCAAAUGCUAAGUGCAAUACCUGCAUAAUAUUCAUCUCACGGUGAUCAUGUUUCUGUUUUUAACUGGUGAGUUGCAGUGGUUUCGCAUUCUCUUAGGUACUCUAGUUUUAUAACGUGGUGUGUUAUAUGCAGUACUAGUGUGCGUAUGUUAAUCUGUUUAAGUGUUCUCAACAAUGUAUUAUUUACAAGACUUCUGACGGUUAAGAAUAUAUAUCUGCGUGUUAAUUCUA